GCGACACUUCCUGCCCCGGGGGGCUGGGGUGAGAGGAAAGAUGGGUUGCUGAGUGUGCACACCUUUGAGAGCACACACACACACCCUGCUCCGGGGCUCCCGUCUUAGGCUGCCCCCAUGGAGUUUCCCCUGGCCCAGAUAUGCCCCCAAGGUAAUCGAGAAACCCCCGCCCCAACCUUCAGCACCUUCCAGCCCAUGAACUUGACCGGCAGGAGCUGCCAGGGCCUGGGCUCACUUCCGGGGCCCAGACUCCAGGCCCUGAAGGCUGAGGAGGCCCAGCCCAGCCCCAGGGCCCUGGCUGUCCACAUUGUGGCGUCUCCGCAGGCCCUGGGGGCUGCCUCCAACCCAGAGAAUACUGGGAAGGAUGAGGAGGUGCCUAGGGAAGGAGGCCAGUCCCUGCAGGCCGAGACCCGGGCUUGGUUCCAGAAGACCCAGGCCCACUGGCUCCUACAGCAUGGGGCAGCCCCUGCCUGGUUCCACGGCUUCAUCACCCGGAGGGAGGCCGAGAAGCUGCUGCAGACCAAGCCUCUAGGAUGCUACUUGGUGCGGUUCAGCGAGAGUGCGGUGACCUUCGUGCUGACUUACAGGAGCCGGACUUGCUGUCGCCACUUCCUGCUGGCCCAGCUCGCGGACGGGCGCCACGUGGUGCUGGGCGAGGACAGCGCCCACGCGCGGCUGCAGGACCUGCUGCGGCACUACACGGCCUGCCCACUCAGCCCCUACGGGGAGACGCUCACCGAGCCCCUCGCCCGCCAGACUCCUGAGCCCGCAGGACUUUCCCUGAGGACUGAAGAAUCAGACUCUGGAAACAAAAGCCAGGACCCACACCCUCAGUAUAGCCCAAUCCUCAAAAAGGAGCAAACAGCAGCUUCCACGCAGAAAGAGGGGGCCGCGCAGCCGAAGGAGCCCUCCCAGCCGCCCAGGCCCAAGCCUCGUGUCACUGCCAAACCUCAGCUGCCCCCCGAAGUCUACACAAUCCCGGCUCCGCGACCCCGCCCGGCCCCGCCCCCCAAGCCCUCCAACCCCAUCUACCAGGAGCCUGAUGAGCCCAUAGACUUCUAUGCCAUGGGCCGGGGCAGCCCCGGGGAAGCCACCAGCAACAUUUACGCCGAGGUGGAAGUGGGGGUGCCGGCAGGGGAGGAGGGCCCGCCGUCUGUCCUCCAGCACCUGGUCCUACGGAAGUGCCGGUCCAAGCCUGUGCCAGGAAGCCAGAAUCUAGGUGGCCGGCAACUGCAUUCUGAGAACUCUGUGGCUGGACAAGGCCCUCCCAUGCCCCACCAGCCCCUGCCCCGCUGGGGAAACACCCUCCCCAACAACCUUUCUAGACAGGUGCUUCAGGACAGAGGACAGCCGUGGCUCCCCCUGGGGCCUCCUCAGUAGCUGAGUUUAUUGUAAGCACCUGUACUUGUGUCUUGAAGUGAGGUGGCCGAGUAGGAUGAUUCUGAAGGAUACAUCCCCCCCCAGUGGCCACAUGGAGAACUGAGGAGGACCCUGCUGGAGGCUGGUGCCUGGCACCAGGGCUUCAGAUCUCAGCCUUCAAAUCCCCAGGUUUACAGGGAUUCAGCCCUCUCACCUGGUGAAUCAGAUAUGUAAUCUGAUGUUUCCGCCGCUGCUGGCCUGUUGGCUGCUCACCUUUCUUCUGCAAGGGAAGAAAACAGGAAGAAAAGCAGAAGUUUCUCACGUGCCCAGAUAAACACAAGAUUGGGGACUGAGAAACCAACAACGCAGCCCAAAUCAUGGGGGAGAAAAGUCAGCUUGGAGCUGGAGCUGUUUUUAAGUCUAUAUACUUACAAAACAGUUAUUUUUAUUAAAGCCAUGAUGCAAAAAAACCAAGCUCAGAAUCCUUGCCUGAAAUAGCCUGCUAAUAACCCCAUUAGACUGGAAAUAUUUUGAGGUCAGGACUGUGUCUUCUAUUUCUUUGGUAACCCCACCCCACCCUCAGCACCAAGCACGGGGCGCUGCCCACAGUGGACAUCAGAUACCAGCCUUACUGCCUGCAGUCAGUCUAAAACAGCUUAAGCGCCAGGGCACAGGCAACCUUUCUUCCUUCCUUCCUCCCUUUCUCCCUCCCUCCUGACCCUCUCACAACCUUGCUGCCCAUCUCUCCCUUAAGCCCUUUUCAUCUCUGUCCCCUUCUCCCCAGUCAAGCCAGAUGUCUAGCCUGUCUCCUACUUACUGCCUACCAAGCUCUCUCCCAUCAAUCAUCUUUGGCUGAAACCUCGACUCUCAUUCUAUUAAGUGCCAACAGCUUCCCGGGAUUAGAAUUUUCACAAUCACUCCACUUCUCUCCAAUCUUCCAGCCUUCCACUCGUAGCUGCAUUGAACUCCUAACCAAACUUUGAUGCAAAUGAUUUACUGUCAAAGUCUAUAUUGGUCUGCGCUUUCAUUCUGCGGUUUUUCUGUCCUCUGCCAGUGUUGUCUCAGACUGGAAGCUUCCUAAUCAGCCCCACCCAACUCCCAAAACUCCUCUCUGGAGUCUCCUCAGCACUUAUGUAAUCAAUUUGCACUGUAAUCAUUUACACUCAAGUGUCCUUAAAUCUCUUUUCCCCAACUACACUGUGAACUCCUCAAGGACAGGAACCGUAUCUUUUUCUUCUCUUUUAAAAAUCUAGCUCAAUACAAUGAGAUAGUGGAAAGAAAAUUUGGACCUGGGAAGAGCAAAUUUGAAUUCCUUGCUGCUAUUUAAUGUCAUUUAACAUGACAAUUAAAGAUGACAAACAAGCCAUCCAGCUCCACCCCUGGCCCACAGUGAGCACUAACAACAGUAGCUAUUACUAUGUGAUGAUGCUUCUCCACCCGCAGCUAGUAGAGCAUGCUCUCCUAAGUGGCUUUUCCAGUAAACAGUGAUGGAUCUAUGCUGAUCUAACCAGAAUCCUUUGCUCUGUCCUGUAUGACCGCCAGCAUUCAGUUAAAACAAACGACUGGGGCUCAGAUGGCCAUCUGCGGCCACAGAACAAAGCAAAGAAAAUGGGGGGAGGAGAAGGGAAUAAAAUGCCCGACCUUAGCCUUGCUGGUGCUAGGCUCGAAUCCAGGGCUUCCCCACAUUUUCCCUGCUGUGGCAGCCUCAUAAAUGCCCACAUUUGCUGUACUCAGCUACUAGGUGAAGAGAUGUUCAUCAUACUGACUAAGGAAAACUACACAGAGAAGGUAGCAGUGUGGUGUGGAAAUGUGAGGAAUAAAGCAUUUGAAAAGGCCACAGCUGGCUGCAAUAAAUAAUGGAAAGAAUGGAGAGAGGAGGGGCUGCACACUCAGAACCUAGCACCCCAGGACUCCUGAGGCUCUGCUGUGCCCAUGCCUCAAAGAUGUGCUGAGCCAGGUCCCAGCUUCUCAGGAUGGAGAGAGGAACAUGACUGUAGCGAGAGGGCAGAGCAGCUGUGGAUUCUGUCCAGCCAGGGAAGGAGCCACAACAUGUCAGAGAUCUUCCCAGCUGCAGGAUGGGAAACUGGUCAAUCUCAGCAACCAGACUCCACCAUCCAGAUGGAGAGCAAAAUGCUGCAAAGUUCUGGAAGGCAGGAGCUGUAUCUGUAAGGCUCAGUGCAUCCUCCAGCAC